AUGGCCCCGGUCCUCUCCGAUUUCCUCCUCACACCUCCCUCCACCAUCCCCGCGGUGUCCUCCGUCGUCAUCACCUCACCCUCGACACCGCGGACCCCCGGCCUUCGCCGGAAACGCAGACCAGACAGCGGGGAGGAUGCCUUCUUUGUGAGCCGAAUCGGUCACCAGAACAACCCAGGGGCGGUUGCGUUCGCCGUCGCAGACGGGGUCGGCGGCUGGGCCGAGUCCCGCGUCGACCCGGCGGACUUUUCGCACGCCCUGUGCAGCUACAUGGCGCAGUCUGCGCUGGACUGGGACGCUCCGGCAGAGCAACUGCGGCCCAAGCAGAUCCUCCAAUCCGGGUACGAUCAGGUUGUCGCAGACGAAUCGAUCCGCGCUGGCGGCAGCACGGCAUCAGUGGGGCGUAGCCCUUGGACGACGGCCGCGUCGAGCUGGCCAAACCUCGGCCGACUCCGGGUCAGUGCUCCUGCGUCUCGCCCGCGGUGCUAUCACUACUCCGGUCCCGCAGACCCAUGGCUUGCAACACGCCCUACCAGCUCAGCAUUAUCCCAUCCGCGCAUGCGCACCCAGGCCUCCAUCUUCGGCGGCGCCUUCCUCGAGGACUUUCCCCGCGACGCCGCCGUCACCAACCUGCAGCUCCAGCACGGCGACGUCCUCAUGCUCGCCACCGACGGCGUCUUCGACAACCUCAACAACCAGGAUAUCCUCAAGCUCGUCACCAGCCGCAUGGUCCUGACCGGCGCCUGGACCGCAACCCUCGAUCUGGGCAUCAAACCCUCCGCCAACCUGGACCAGCUGACCGCUCCAGACGACAAGCCGGCCUCCGAUCCAAACCAGAUCUCCACCCUGCAAGCCUUACUCGCCGCCACCAUCGCCGGCGAGGCCAAGCUCGCUAGCAUGGACCUCCGCCGCGACGGGCCCUUCGCCAAAGAAGCCCAGCGCUACUACCCAGGCGACUACUACCGUGGCGGCAAGGUCGACGACAUCUGCGUGUUGAUUCUGAUCGCCGUGGAAGAGGGAUACGGCGCGUCCUCGUGA